GGAGAGGCGGAGGAGGAAUGCAAAGCUCCAUCCAGUGCACAAGAGCACGAGUGUUUGUGUGUGCAGUUUGUCUAUAACAGAGGAUCAAACCUGAGAAUUUGGUCGUUUUUUUUUCUCUCUCUUUCACAGCAAAUCCUGCACAUCAGCCUCCCUUCUUAAGAACAAGAGCAGCAAGAGCCAGCACCCGGGAUUGACCAUGGUGAUCAAAGUAUACAUAGCGUCCUCCUCCGGGUCCACUUCGAUUAAAAAGCAGCAGCAGGAUGUGAUGGGCUUCCUGGCAGCCAAUAAAAUCGGAUUUGAGGAGUGUGACAUCGCAGCUAACGAGGACAACAGGAAGUGGAUGCGAGAGAACGUUCCGGAGGAGUCACGGCCGGCCACGGGGAACCCUCUUCCGCCACAAAUAUUUAAUGAAAGCAAAUAUUGUGGGAACUAUGAGGCCUUCUUCGAUGCCAGAGAGGACAAUGCAGUGUAUGCAUUUCUCGGUCUGACUGCUCCCCCAGGAUCAAAGGAGGCUGAGGCUCUUUUGAAGAAAGCACAACAAUAGUAUUCACAUUUAAAGAUAUACUUGGGCCUAGUACCUACAUGAAAAAUGUUGCUCUUCAUGUUUCAUUUUUUUACAAUUCUUUCAUUAAUUGUGCCUUGUCAUCGUGAAAUGAGGUACAACAAAAGAAAACAAUGUUCUGCUUAUCAAGACUGUCCAGUGCUUCCUCAACCUCUAGUCUGUUAGCGUAUUGGUCUGUCCGUUUGGCAUGAUUAAAAGAUGUGCAAUGUAGCGUUCCCAUGUAGACAUCCUUGUGUACAAUGUCAUGUGCAUGUCAGACUCAUCAUAAUAGGAGUGAUUAUUAAAAGGUCUUAAAUCUUGAAUUAGUGAAACAUUUUCAUUUGUACUGUUCUGUAAUUGCUGAAAGUUGACAAAAGCAACUUCAGCAACUUCCCAUGUUUUCAUGUUUAUGUAUAUUUCCUUCAAACUGUCUUAGAGCUCUUUUAACAGCAAACUUUUUCUAUAAGAAAAUACUAUAUGUUUAGCAAUUGGACUUAAGGCAGUGAUGUGACGAUUUUAUUUGCUGUUUGAUUGUUUUUUUUAGAUGAGUGGAACUGUUUUUAUGUAAGCUUCCUGUUUUCUAUUGUGUUGGAGAAUGUUAGUUAUCUUUCCCAACCUUAAAUAAAAUGCUUAACUACAACCA